AUGGUUUGUCCCAAGGCCGCCGCCAAGAUUGCGUGGGGUCAUUUUCGAUUUCGCCCCGUCCUCAUGCUCAAGAUCUGCGGACGCUACUCGGCCAAGGUGGCCCAGCGCGCUGUUGCCCGCGCAUCGCCGGCGCGUGCUCUCGUCGCCUCGAUGGGCCAAGACCGCAAGUGGCGCAUGGAUGCUACCAUGGCGCUCGGCGCUGCUGUCGGCCUCGCGCUGACGGCAACGGCCUUGUGCGACGCGCCCGUCGUCGUGGAGAGCCCGCUGCGCGAGGCCAUGACCGACGUCGAGGAGGACCAGGUAUCGCUAAAACUGGAGCGCCAAGUGGACGUCCAGCUCGCGCGGGCGGUGGCCCACGUCCACAGCUACUCGUGUGCUUCGUACCGGGCCAACUAUCCGAUCGAGGAUCGCUUCGUUGUACAAGCCAACAAGAAGGAAGUAUUUGCCGCGGUCAUCGACGGCCAUGGUGGGUGGCAAGUCGCCGAGUACACGCACGGCCACUUGAUCGAAAACGUCAAGGCCGAAGUCGCUGAGCUGCGCGACGUGACGGCGGCCAAGGUCGAGUCGGCCAUCAAGCAUGGCUACCUGCGCACGGAGCGCCAACUGCAUUCGCUGCUGCUUCCCGCGUUCCAGCUCGGCUUUGGCCAGGUGAACCACGUCGGCGCUUGCACCAUGCUGGCAUACCUCCAGGACGACCUCCUCGUCCUUGCCAACGCGGGCGAUAUUCGCGCCGUUUUGGCCACCGCCGAUGACGACGGUGCGUUGCGCGCCGUCGCGCUCAGCAACGACCACAACGCCAAGCUCGCCGUCGAGAAGGAGCGCUUGGCGCGCGAGCACCCGAACGAAGACAACAUUGUCGUGUGCAAGCACCCCGAGUCGUGCUACGUCAAGGGCGGCUUGCAGCCCACGCGAGCGUUGGGCGACUUUGCGUUCAAGUACCCCGAGUUCAACGCGUCUCCGAUUGCAUCCGAGCGCGCUGGCGGCCGCCACAUUGCAGCGCCGUACACGCCACCGUACGUCAUGGCGAUCCCCGAGACCAAGGCGCACGUGCUGAGCGCAUCGGACAAGUUUCUCAUCCUUGGCAGCGACGGCGUCUGGGACUUUCUCGAGAACGAAGAGGCCGUUGCAAUCGUCCAAGCGCACGUUGCGGCGGGCAAGAAGACGGAGGCCGGCCGCGUCUUGGUUGAGCGCGUCAUUGCCCGCGCCGCCGAGGUCAAGGGGAAGACGCUCAAGGAGUUUGCGGCGCUGCCGCCGGGCAAGGAGCGCCGGCGUGUCCACGAUGACACGACCGUCGUCAUCCUCUUCUUCGACUAGAUUGUGGAA